CUCCGCAGCAAUGGUCUGCAUGAGAAGGACCAGGACUGUACCAGGCACUGGGGCAGGGAGGUGCUCAUGAUGGGAGAAUAGAAGGGGAGGGAGGGCUGUUCCAUUGCAUGCUGAUGAGCAACUAAAGCGUCUUCAAUGUGAACCAUGAUGAGCAAAGACAAAUUUAGGAAGGCCUUUGCACUUCACAUCUGCCUCAUCUUCACCACGCUCCUCAUCGCUGUCCAGAUCUACAUGGAGUUUAGAAGCCCCCAGUCUUCUUCCUUCCUUGGUAGACUGCCCACACCUGACAGCCACAGUGUCCCUGACCUGAGCAGAGACCAGGGCAGGAGAAGAUCUAGAGGAAGAGGUGCAGACCAGGCGGACUUGAGCAGAGACAUGGUUAUCAAGAGGCAGGUGUCAUUUGUGAGGAGUCUGAAGCGGGACCCAGCAGGCUUGGCAGCAGUGGGAGGCACAGAGAGCCCAGAGAAGCUGGCAGACUGUUGUCCUCUCCAGCACCAGCACAGAAAGUCCCAGAGAUGGCACAUUGACUUGCAGCCUUGGGCCAGUCCCAAUCAUUCCUUGGAGGAUGAAGCAAAGCGGUUCCUGGAUUAUAUCACUAGUCCUCAGAUUUCCUGUGGAAAUGCACUGGAGAACGGAGUGAUUAAUAACCCCUGGAUCACAGGGUCGCCCUGGCUGGCCUGUCUGGAUGGGAGAUACAGCCUGGCUCAGCAAAUUAAGAAGAAACAAUGCCGAGUGUAUUCCCUGGGGCUGGGGAGUGAGGACAAGCAAUUGGAAGUGAGCUUGGCCAAGGCAGGCUGUGAGGUCCACUGCUUCAACCCCAGUAUCAAAGUGCCACACGUUCAGGAGGCCAAGCAGCUCUGGCACCACCGACUGUCCAUCGACUGGAGGGACCCCAACCCUGCCAUCCCGCCAAACAAACAGCACAGCAACACCAAAAAGCUGGGCACCAUCUUGAAUGACUUCGGCCACAGAAAGAUCGACGUUCUCAAGGCCGACAUGGAGAGUGCGGAGUGGAAGAUCCUAGAGAACCUGGUUCUGGAGAACGUCAUCGAUAAGAUCGGGCAGCUGCUGUUUGAAGUGCAUCUGCACUGGCCCGGGUUCGAGGUGAGCGGGGACGACAGCACGGUCGUGCGGUACUGGUACAGCCUCCUGAAGGAGCUGGAGCACAGCCACUUCCGCCUCUUCCACAGCCACAGGGAUGACAGCAAACCCCAAGUGUUCCUGCAGAAGAACCUCCUCAACGCCAGCAGCAGCUACACCCUCAGCUGGGUAAACACCAAGUGGAGGCACCAGUAAGAUUGUCCAGGGCAGACAAAGGGGUGGUUGAACCUGGCCUCCAAUGAGGCAGGAAAGGGAGCCAAUUUCACUUCUUCUUGUGACUCAUCCUUGAAGCAGGAGUGUAUUGGGAGAAUGUUCUUUUAGGAAGAGCCCUUUGUGUCUAUCAAUAAAAUUCAAGCAUGGAAAAAGCCUUGAAGUCACAUCUUAAUGAAGAGCAGACUGCAGCCUUGACCAAGCUCCACAUUUUGCUGUUUUUCUGCAACGACCUUCCUUUGAAGUUACCUUACAUCGAUUUCAGUGAAGCCAACAGGCAGCAAAUGUUGCAGAUGUCUAUUCAGCCUGGCAUUGGAAUUCAUGUGACUAGUAAAGCUGCGCUUCGCAUCCAGCUCAGCAUGUGUGUGUGCAAGCAGCACGGUUCCCUUGAUGGAAUCAUUCUUAAAAAUGAAACCUGCUUGCAAUAAUGCGAUGCGGCAGGGGGCAUUAGUUUGAAGUAGCGUGUCUCAUCUGCAGAGUCCGUGGAGCAAGUCCAGAAAGCAUAGCACAUCAUCCCCGCUUCUGAGAGAGAGUAAUCUGGAAGACAUUAGGGUACCAAUUCAAUUUUCAUCUACAGAACAGUAUACUUCACACUCCCACUGGAGCGGAACUUGGAGAUGCCACACAGGCUAUACAUUUCAGGAAAGCAAACACUAUAAAAGAGUUGUCAAAUGAAUAAUCUUGAUUAUAAGCAGCAGUAUUUGGUGAAUUCUGUGUAGUGAAAGUUUGAAUGCCAACAGAAUGCAGAUGAAUGAGGCACACAUGAGCAGUAUGUACUAUGUGACUGACGUUUUGCUACAAUAUUGUAGAAAACUUGAAUGGAAGUACCACAGAGUAGGCUAUGUACUCAAAUAUAAUGUGCAGUUAUGGCCCAAAAGUUUAGCAUCACCUGCAAUUCUAUGAUUUAGACAAUAUUUUUUUUUUUGUUUAAAGGUAUAUAAAUAUUUAGAUAUUUUAUUAUUAUUAUUAUUAUUAUUAUUAUUAUUUAUUUCUUAGGAGACGCCGUUAUCCAGGGCGACUUACAAUCGAAAGCAAAUACAUUUCAAGUAUCACAGUACAAGUAAUAAUACAAUUAAGAGCAAGUUAAAUACAAUGUUUUAUUUAACAUCAUGUAAUCAAAGAAACUACAAAAUGAUAAUUGCAAAAGUCUACCAGAAGCCAUAAUAGUAGUACAGUAUUUCAUGUUAGAUUUCAAAAUGUCACGAUUUUUGUUUGUUUUUCGUUAAGUAUAUAGAAAACUACAAAGCGGUAUGUAAUUCAAUGUUAGUGUGACAUUAUUCAGCAGGUUUUAUUCAACGUUACGAUGCAAAAUUUGUUAAUUCUAUAUGGUGAUGCAAAACUUUUGACAAGAGCUGUGCACAGGCUCACCCAAAAGCCUUGAAAGGGGUUGCCAAUAUGUUUGAAGCAAAUAAACCUCUUUACUCUUUUACUGAUUGUACACUGAAUGCCCAUUCACUGCCAGGUCAGCUCUGUUUAGCUAGGUUUGAAAUCAGCCUUCCUUCAUGCUUCUCCAUUCACUCAGCUUCACAGCUAACUAUGCAGCACAGGCAUUAAAUGCAAAGACGUAUUAUUUCCAAUAAAAUAUUAAUACCAGUCAUUCGAUGGAAUAGUCUGUAUGUUUUGUCUUUAUUAAUAGGUUAAUAAAAAAUAAAAAAAAUAAAAAAUCAUCAUGAACCAUUUACUGCGUGGCUGUGACAGCAUCUGGUUAGCCUCCUGGAGUUUCCACAACACACUGCCAAAGAAUGAGUGAACGUUUCACUCCUCAGGCCUAGACAACACAUUCUCUUUGCCUUUGAACGAUAAAAUGUAAAGUGGUCCUUUGUGAUUAUUAAAUUGUUUUUCCCUGCUCAAUUUCUU